CCAUCCGCUCUUCGCUUUAAACCAAGGCGGGAGCUUUGCUCCGUCAUUUUUCGAUCGGUAUAUUUGGUGGUGACUAGUACACGCACGGAUCGGUGCCAAUAUGGUGAGAACUAAAGCCGAUAGUGUUCCCGCAUCGUACAGAAAAGCCGUUGCAGCUGCUGCACCCAGGAAGUCUCUGGGUUCCAGUUCAGCCAACUCUUCAUCGUCCAGCAGCAGCUCGUCCACUCCAGCAAAGGGCAAAUACGCCGGUGGGAACCCGGUGUGCCCCCGUCCCACCCCGACCUGGCAGAAAGGCAUCGGGGACUUCUUUGGCGGGCCUCCUAGGAAGCCAGAGAAGGAGAACCAGAGGCCCCAAGAGGUUGAGGAUGACGAAGAGGCUGGAGGCAGUGGGAUGUCGAAGAGCAGCAGGAAGUCCAGACCUCUGCCAGCUGACGAGGAUGAAGACGACUGAACGUUGUUCUGUGAACUUCUUUUGUACAUCUGUAAAUAUUUUCUAUUGAAUUAUUUCUGUAAAGUUCAUUAAACUUGUUUUUAAU